ACACGUCUGGGUCGCUCCGGCCGCGCUCCUCUCUCUUCUCCCCAUGUGCCUGUGUUUGGUGUUGUGCCGGGCGCCUGUGUCGUGAGAGGAGUCGCUGCUGUCGGGACAGACGGGCUGUGGAGGUGACGAGGAGCCGGGGCUGAGGCAGUGACCCACAUCAGACGCGUUCAUCAUGCCAAGGAAGAAGGUGACAGACGGAGCCGGACCCGGGAAUGGUGCCGCCCGCCCCGGAGGCAGGAGGAAGCCGGCGGGACGCAAGAGGGAACGGGACGAGUUCAGCAGCGACGACGAUGACCUGGACGGGAGCCCCGGUUCUGAUGGAUUCCAAGGGCCCAACAGCAAACGUGGAGCCGGAGGAAAGGGCGGCAGCAAAUCCCCUACCCCGGCGGCCAUCGUAGUCACCGAGCCCGAGCACACCAAGGAAAAGAUUAAACUUGAAGGCUCCAAAGCAAAGGGUCAACUAUUGAUUUUUGGAGCCACCAACUGGGAUCUGAUUGGACGUAAAGAAGUGCCUAAACCGCAAGCUGCAUAUCGUAACCUGGGCCAGAACCUGUGGGGUCCGCACCGAUACGGCUGCCUGACGGGUGUGCAGAUCCGGACCGUGGCCUCGGGGCCCUGCUCAGCCCACAGUAUACUCAUAACCACAGAGGGCAAGAUAUGGAGCUGGGGACGGAAUGAAAAGGGUCAGCUGGGACACGGAGACAUCAAGAGGUUGGACGCCCCCAAACCCAUCGAGAGCCUUAAGGAGGAGGUGUUUGUGUCUGCGUCCUGCGGGAGGAACCACACGCUGGCCCUGACAGAGAAUGGAUCAGUCUAUGCAUUCGGAGAGAAUAAGAUGGGGCAACUCGGCCUGGGCAAUAAGACAGACGCCGUGUCCAGUCCGGCCCAGAUCCUGUAUAACGGGCAGCCGAUCACUAAGGUGGCGUGCGGAGCAGAGUUCAGUAUGAUCAUGGACUGUAAAGGGAACCUGUAUUCUUUCGGGUGCCCCGAGUACGGUCAGCUGGGUCACAACUCUGACGGGAAGUACAUAGCACGGGCACAGCGGAUCGAGUACGACUGCGAACUUAUACCGCGACGGCUCGCGAUUUUCAUUGAAAAGACAAAGGACGGGCAAAUACUUCCAGUGACCAAUGUGGUUGUGAGAGACAUAGCCUGCGGCACCAACCAUACGCUGGCGCUGGACUCCCAGAAACGCGUUUUCUCCUGGGGAUUUGGCGGAUACGGGCGGCUGGGACACGCCGAGCAGAAGGACGAGAUGGUCCCACGACUUGUCAAACUGUUUGAUUUCCCCGGUCGUGGCGCCUCGCAGAUCUACGCUGGAGCUACCAGCUCUUUUGCUGUCAGUGAGAUGGGUGGUCUGUACUUCUGGGGAGCAACAAACACGUCUCGUGAUUCCACCAUGUACCCGAAAACUGUGCAAGAUCUGUGUGGCUGGAAAGUUCGUAACUUGGCGUGCGGAAAGAGCAGUAUUAUAGUGGCGGCUGAUGAGAGCACGAUCAGCUGGGGACCCUCGCCCACCUUCGGGGAGCUGGGUUACGGAGACAACAAGGCCAAGUCCUCGACCACCGCUCAGGAGGUGAAGACGUUAGACUCCAUCUACUCAGAGCAGGUGGCCAUGGGAUAUUCACACACCCUGAUUGUGGCGCGAGAUGAAACGGAACAAGACAAGGAGAAGCUGAAGAAGCUUCCGGAGUACAAUCCCCGCACCCUGUGAUAUUCUACCGCCCUCUCCUGGCACGGGAGGAGACACAACAACCACUCCUCAUUCCCCCGUGACCCCUGCAGUGCCCUCCGCUUCAGCACUGACAGGGGGAGGCAGCUGAACAUAACCCGAGGGGACCGGAAACUAUCGCACACAUUCCUCAAGUUUUCUCCCGUUUCGCAUUUUUGGGGUAAAAACCUUAAUCUGAUGUUCGGUUUCAUGGCGGCCAUGUUACUAUGGAAACGCGAGGGACAGAACUCCGGAACCCAAUCCCUUACUCUGCCAUAUGCUGCUUCUCCAGUCUCAUCCCUCUAUCUGCUUCACCCUAUGGCGCCUGCUCCCCCGCAGGUGACCGCCUGAUGCAAAGCAGAGAGCGCCCGGCGCCAAACUGCGAUCCAAACCCCCCUUUUUCGUGAGUUUCCGGGAAUCGGUGCCUUGUGUUACUGGCAGCGUGAGCGGGCUCUGAUCCAGCAGUGCUGCACUAUUGGUGCCUUUCACUUACACACGCGUGUGGUUGGCGCGCGGCGCGGCUCACACUCCGCCCGCACGUUACCAGCCUUGUUACAUUUAAAGCUCCUUAUUUUAGGAUUUUUUUUUGUUAGUAAUAAAGUUUCAAAAACCAUAAAAAAAAAAA